AUGGCGGAGGAGGGGAUGGCGAGCUACCUGUACACCGCCUACCACCCCUACUCCUACCGCUACCCGCCGCCCAAGGGCAAAGGGGGAGCGGCGGGCGGCUGGCGGCCCCGGGGCAGCGGCUACUUCUCGGGUUACGGGGACGCGGCGGCGGCCGCCGAGUACUUCGACAACUACCAGCGGGCGCAGCUGAAGGCCAUCCUGUCCCAGGUCAACCCCAACCUGACGCCGCGGCUCCGCAAGGCCAACACCAAGGAGGUGGGCGUGCAGGUGAACCCGCGGCAGGACGCCUCGGUGCAGUGCUCGCUCGGGCCCCGCACGCUGCUGCGCCGCCGCCCUGGCCCCGCCGCGCCGCGGCCCCGCGAGGCGGAGCAGGAGCUGGGCAGCCCCGCCACCACCAGCACCCGCGCCGUGCGCUUCCCCCGCACCAUCGCCGUCUACUCGCCCAUGGCGUCCCGCAGACUCACCGCCUUCCUGGAGGAGCCGAGCGCGGAGCCGGAGCGGCGGCCGCAGCAGCAGGACAAGGCGGCGGCGGCGGCCGUCGAGGAAGAGCCAGCCGCGCUGAGAGAGCAGCGGGAGGCGGAGGCGGCCGCCGUGCGGGCAAGCUGGGAGAAGCCCCCCGAGGGUGGCGCUGAGCCGCUAGAGCAGCGUCCGGCCGAGCCCCUGGAGCAGCGCCCGGCCACCACCCCAGAGCCGCCAGCGGAGACCGAGACGGGCCAGGAGGAGAAGGUGGAGGCGGCAGAGGCAGCGCGGGCAGAGCCGGCGGAGCCACCGGCCGCGCCCCAGAAGCGGGAGCCGUCGGCGGGCAAGACCCGCCUGCGCUUCCAGUUUCUGGAGCAGAAGUACGGGUACUACCACUGCAAGGCCUGCAACAUCCGCUGGGAGAGCGCCUACGUCUGGUGCGUCCAGGGCACCAACAAGGUCUAUUUCAGGCAGUUCUGCCGGACCUGCCAGAAGUCCUACAACCCGUACCGUGUGGAGGAUAUCACCUGCCAGAGCUGCAAGCAGACGCGGUGCACCUGCCCCGUGAAGAUGCGCCACGUGGAUCCCAAGAGGCCCCACCGCCAGGACCUCUGUGGCAGAUGCAAAGGGAAACGCCUCUCCUGCGAUAGCACAUUCAGUUUCAAAUACAUUAUCUGAGGGAGAUAGGGAUUUUUUUUGUUUGU